AUGGCGGACUUAAAGUCACCGCCUUUUAGUGAUAUUAAAAGACCUGAAGAAGUGGUAAGGAUGACGACGAACGAUAGCCUGAAAUUCGCAGUUCUUAUCGGGCUCAUUGAAGUCGGACAAGUCACCAACAGGGAGCUGGUGAACACCGUCCUGCAUCUGGAUCUCGACUCGACUAGCAGGCAGCGGCCGGCGAGUCUCAAGUUUGUUUUGAUGUUUUGCUGGCCCAGUACUUUCACUGUACUGACUGUCUACAAAAGACAUCUUCUGACCAGUUUAUUAAGAGCUUGCCUCCGUGCUGUUGAUAAACGUGUAAGGAUUUACAAUGCUGUUGAUGCGUUCAAUAAUGACGUGUUUUACCUUGAAGUUGACAAACUGAGCGCUAACUUAACUACUAAAUAUGAUAGAACUAUGAUAGAAAAAUGCUAA